UAUCACCUUUGGACAAGAGAGGGCGCCCUGUAAUUUAAAGGUAGAGAAGUUACACCGUCAGACAUGCGGUUUCGCACUAUUUUAUGCAUAUCAAGAUGGAUCGCGAUAGAUCAUUCUAGCUAGAAUGUCCGAAACUCCACAUAGAAAUCAAAGAGGCUGGCGUUGGAACGGGAAAAAGCGGAAACAGUCCAAGAAGUACCGACAUCGCUAUGACAACCAAGCCAGCCCAAACCAAGAUGGAGUUCAAACAGAGGGUUAUCAUGCUGAACAAGGCUGCAGCAGAUCAAACAGGAUUCCAAAUUCCAUAAACCCUGGACCUUCCUGUUCUAAUGAAACUUUGCCAGCAAGACUCAAUCGUUGCAGUAGGACAACCAACCCUAGUUUAAACAGAAACUCAUUAGUGUGUAGUCAACAAAGGAUUUGUAGUGAUAAGAAAUCAACAAGUCCAGCCUACAGGACAGUGGGUGCGUGUUUAACUCCUCAGUUUAAGGAAGGAAGCAGAAACAAUGCCGGCGUUAGUAGUUGUGGUUCGGAGACGGAACUGAGUGCAUCAAACUCAGGAACAUCAUCAUCUUCAAACGGCAAAACUGUAAAAGAGAUUCCAGGUUUUUAUUACGACCCAGACAAGAAGCGAUACUUCCGCCUGGUUCCUGGCCACAACAACUUCAACCCACUGACCAGGGAGAGUCUGGACAAGAAACAUGCUGAGACGAAGAGACUAGAGAUGCUUGAGAACAAUCUCACAAACUCUAAACCAAAGGUUGGACAGUGUAAACAGAACUUGUCACUCUGUCCUCUCCAAAGAAGUCUCCAAACUGGUCAACUAACUUCAAGACAAUUCACAAGAUAUGCUCAGGAGCAAGCAAUCAGUAGUCUUAAUCUCAGGCCAAGAAAGCUGGGCAACUUUCCUGAUCAGUACUUUGAUGGAGAGUCAGGAGAUAUAAGCUUCCUACAGGUGGAUCGUAAGCUGCGCAGAAUCUUGAUGGUCUUGUCACAUGAUUCCCUCAGUAGAAUGUGGCAAGGUACCAUUACAUGUGAUGGUUCUAACCCAAGAUCGAUGACUUUAUCUAACUGGAAAGUUCUCAACAUCAUCGGGACAAGAAAUACAAAGAUCACCAGUGCAUCGUGGAUUUCCACAGAUGGCACGGACGACCUUCAAGUUAUCUACUCCAUCAGCGGGGGUCCGAUGAAUACUGUACAGCUGAUGAAGUGUCCGGAUGAAGAAGAUGGCCGCAAUCAAAUCACAUACAGCUAUGAGAGUAACCAUGAGCUGGCUUGGACUUGUGCAUGGAGCAACAAUCCUCUAACACCAGGAUAUCUCAGUAUAGGUUCUAAUAACAAAGCCUUAGUAGUGAACACAGUCGCUGCAGAGAAAUGGAAGGUCUUCAGCAACCACAGUGAUGUCUUAGCUCAGGUCUUUGCCACAACGAAUCCCUUGCUAUAUAAUGGAACACGCCGUGGGGAGAUAUUGGGUUGCGACCUUCGAACUUUGACCGGGACAAGGUCAGACAUCACACGGAGGCUGCGACAUAAAGUGGCUGUGUGUUCCAUCAGACUCCUGAAAGAUGAGAACUACCUGGUGGCUAGCGAUAUGAGUGGACAGAUCCGACUGUGGGACCUUCGCCAAUGCUUGUGCGUGCAGGAGUACAAGGCACAUCAUAACACCCAUUCUUAUCUGCCUAUCUGCAUUGAUUCAACUGAAAACAUCUUAUAUGGAGUGGGAGAGGACAGAUACACACGACUCUGGAGUCUUAAGGACGGUCAUCUCUUACGAACCAUCCCAUGCCCACGGCCUCUUACUCCUAUCACUCCAUCGGUGGUCUACUCACAGGAAUGGCGGAGUGGUGCACGCGGUGGGUUACUUCUGGGUGUCCAACGAGAUUUUUAUUGGUAUUCCUUAUGACGAGAGGAUGUAGUAUGGACUUAGUGCAUCAGUACCUUGUAAACUGCAAAAAAAAACAGCCUUAAAGCCGUUUCAUACUUCAUGCGAAUUCGAAUUCAAAGCUAUUUUGAUGUCAUAAAACAUUCACCGAGAAAUUUCCCCGACUUGAAGGUGUUUGACUUUGCAAAUUUGCAGUGCAAAAACUUAUCCUGAUGUCACAAAUUUGCAUAUGCAUUUGCUUCCUCACAGAGUAUGCACUGGUGUCCUAUGAAAUUUAGACUCCUAUGAAAUCUGGUCUCUUUUACCUAUUAUGGAUUUUAACCCUCACUCGUGACCUGACACUCUCCUUAUUAUCUUAAUUAGGCAUACGCAAUACAAGCAAUGAGUCCGCAUUUCAUCGAUUCCUAACUUCACACCACACCAGCAUUGAGUAACAACUGUUUGUACUGUUCAGUGCCUUUUGGAGUUGUUCUUGUUUCUUCUCCCCCCAAUUCUUUUUUUGAACUCUCUUUUUUUCUGAUGGGGAAUCCCCUCAGCAACACAUUAUUGGUGGGGGGGACAUUUUUAUUUAUUAGCUACUGUAUAUUAAUGCAUUGAGAUGUCAAGAGAAAAAAAAUACAUUCACCUGAAAUAACUGUGCAAAAGAAAAUAUAUAAUUAUAGAUUGGAUUUUGAUUCGGAUAAUAUGUAUGUUAGUUACUACAAUGAUUUAAAACAAAUUGUUCAACAUUUUUGCUGUAAUAGAAAUCGGCUCAGACAUUAAAUUUUAUUUUUUUGUACUUAUUAAUUUUUUUCGGUUACAAGUAACAGCUAA